AUGCCUCCCAAGGCCAAGGACAAGAAGGGGAAGCAGGAGGUCCUGCCUGUGGGAAUAGACUAUACACGAAGGCCUUUGGCUAGUGCAGAGCCGUGCGACGCAAGGCCACCGCCGCGCAGGGAACUCCCGGUGGUCUCGGCACACCACGCGUUUGAGGAAUGGGACGACGAUGCUCUACUCGAGAUGGAGUGGGGCAUGGUCAGGGCGGAGCCUUUUGAGGACAAGGAUGGCCGUUCCUUCUUACCCGCGAGGAUAUCUGCAAGGGUAGCCCGUUGGGUCAGGCCAACAGAACUUCUCACCAACGAGACCGGAGAGGAUGGAAAGGAGGAGCACCAACAACACAGCAGCGGUGCCGUCGGUGGUAAUGGCACCGCCAGUGGCGUGGAAAAGGGAAAAGCAGGCGGUGGAGCGGACAAAGGAAAGGGGAAGUCACCGAAGGGGAAAGAUAAGGGGCCGAGCGUCGAACCCGUCGUUCUGGAAGAUGUCGCAGUGGACCUGCAAGGGAACCCUCUCCCCAGGAUUUUCGUACCGAGGGCAGCUAUCGUCGCAAAUGAUAGCGCAACAGAUGAAGGAGCCCAAACUCUUAGCCAGGUUGCGAAACAAUCAAGUGUGCCUAACGCGACGUUGCCACGAGGUUUCAAGACUGGGUGGAGCGAAAGCCAGCGACGAGAUAUAGCUUCCCUGCUAUGCAAGUACAACCAGCAGCAGCAUCAGCAGCAGGAGCAUCUACCGCCUGAAACGUCAGGUGAUGCCGCGGCUACCAUUACUGAGAAAGAAACCCCUCCAGAGGCAGCUGUGGAGCGUCACCACAGAGAAGAAGAAGGGACGUCAGGGGACUGGUCCAAGGAGCCCCCUGCUUACCUGAGGGACGAAGAUAUCGCGACGCUGGGUGCACCAAGCGGUGGUGACAUCGAUCCCGCAAUGACGGCCAUUUUCAAGGCGAUCGACCAGUUGUCCUCGACUGUUUCUAGCACAGGAUGUCCGCUGCUGUGGGAGACCAUCUACCCCAAGACGGCGAAUGAGGUGCCGUGCUACAACCCCUGUGGACGAUACCUCAUCAAGCUGUUCGCCGCUGGGCGUUGGAGGAGGGUGGAGGUAGACGACUCUAUCCCACUUGAUGCGACAGGGCGUCCGGUGCGUUCAUUCAGUUGCACGCAAGCGUGUGGUCUCCAAGAAAUCCAUCAUUAUUGUUAG